AUGAGAUACUCCCUCGGCUUGUCUGGUCUUUUGACCGUGGCCUUGAGCUCGACUGGCCUCGCCCAGACGACUACUCCUGGACCUUCUACCACCGACUUCUCCACCUCUGGUGGCAUGAACGUCCCCACCUCGGUCACCUCCCAGCUGCCCGUCACUUUCACCACCACCAUGACCACCAUGGCCAGACCUACCAAGUCUCCCGUCCCUGGCAAGUGUGAGUGCGGCACUGGAACCUGCUUCACCCCCGAGAUCUGCAGCAUCGAGUGUACCACCGUGUAUGAGGACUGCUGCAGCAUUGAGGGCUCCGACAUCCAGGUCUGUAAGAACCAGUACACCAUCUGUCUCGGCUACAACCCCUACGAGUCUAUCUUCGUCAAGCCCACCAGCUGCAAGCACGACAAGAGCUACUACAUUGAGUAUGAGUCCAAGUACACCAGCUCUUACUUCGAGGAGAAGUACGGCUACUACUACUCUUCUUCUUCCCACUCCACCUCUUCUUCCCACUCUGGCUACCACGCUGGUUACUACACUCCCGAAUACUGCUGCCUUGAGUGCACCACCAUCUACGAUGAGUGCUGCGCUGUUCCCGGUGCUGAUAUCGCUAUCUGCAAGGAGAAGUACACUGUCUGCCUCGGAUACAACCCCUUCAUCAUCCUCCCUUGGGAGGUUCCUUCUGUCUGCAAGCACGAGGAGUCUUACUACAAGGAGUACGAGUCCAAGCACGGCGAGUCUUAUUACAACUCCAAGUACGACAAGUCCUACGAGCACUCCGAUGUCGAGGUCGAUGUUGAGCAAUGCUGCAUCGAGUGCACUACUAUCUACGACGAGUGCUGCAAGGUCCCCGGCUCUGAUAUUGAGGUCUGCAAGAAGGAGUACACCAUCUGCCUUGGAUACAACCCCUUCAUUGUUGUCCCUUGGGAGAAGCCUACUGUCUGCAAGCACGGAGACUCUGGCAAGACCGACUACGGCCACAAGGAGGUUGAGGUUACUGUUGAUGAGUGCUGCUUUCAGUGCACUACUGUCUAUGAUGAGUGCUGUGCCGUCCCUGGUGCCGAUAUUGCUAUCUGCAAGGAGAAGUACACCGUCUGCCUCGGCUACAACCCUUGGGAUGUUACCCCCUUCGUCAAGCCCACAGUUUGCAAGCACGGCGAGGACUCUGGUUCCAAGGGAAACAACAACGGCGGUUCCAGCUCCAGCUCCAGCUCCAGCUCCAGCUCCGAGGAGGAGUGCUGUGUCCAGUGCACCACUGUCUACGAUGAGUGCUGCUCCAUUGACGGUCACGACAUCGAGGUCUGCAAGAAGGAGUACACCGUCUGCCUCGGCUACAACCCUUGGGAUGUUACCCCCUUCGUCAAGCCCACAGUUUGCAAGCACGGAGAGGACUCCGGCUCCAAGGGAAACAACAACGGUGGCUCCAGCUCCAGCUCCAGCAAGUCCGAUGACUCCUCAAAGGCCUCUGGCUCCAAGUCCGACAGCUCCAGCAAGUCUGGCUCCGAUGAGGAGUGCGCUGUUGAGUGCACCACUGUCUACAAGGCCUGCUGCGACGCUUCUGGUGCCAUCAUUGAGACCUGCAAGACUGCCUACACCACCUGCCUCGGCUUCAACCCUUGGGACGUCACUCCCUAUGUUGAGCCCACCGUUUGCAAGAAGGGUGGCAAGCCUUCUGGUGAUGAUGCUGUCAUCGUUUCUGGUGGUGAGCGUGUCCGCCCCGUCCUGGCUCUCCUUGCCAUGGGUGCUAUUGCUCUCCUCUGUUAG